AUGAAGUCCACAUCAGCUUUCAUUCUUCAAAUGAGCGUUGUCUCGGCUUCCAUCUUUGAUACAAUCCUACCUACGACUCAGGGAACUAUCACCAGUGACCCCUGGCGAUGUUAUACUCACACAUUCGAGUCAUUUUUUGACGUACCUAAACCGACAGGAGCACUUUUCGACGCCUUGGUUGACCACGGUGAUGAGAUGCAGAAGGGUUGCAAGUCGACUUUGACUGAUGCUAUGGGAAUGCGGGUCUGCACAUUCCCCCCUCACUCUGAGUUGUGUGACUUCACGAAAUUCGCACCUUCUAGCCUUUUGACUGAGUACUCGUCUUACGGCAGUAUUGCUUCGUCAUGGUGGGCGGAACACAGCUCUGAGGCUGUGGAGUACGCUGAGUACUGCCCCAACCGAUGGUUCAGAGCCAUGACUUCCUUGCCUCAUGGUGCUGUCUGGCUAAACGACACCAUCGCCUUUGCGGGCUGCCAUGCCGCGGCACAUGCUUCCGGGGAGCCGAAGACCAAUUUGGAGACCACUGCAACUGCUGAACCAAGCGUUGCUCAAACUGGUGCCACGGCUACUGCUUCCAACACUGGAAACUUGGACGGUGUUGCUGGUGCCACGGCUACUGCUUCCGACACUGGAAGCUUGAACGGUAUUGCUGGAAAGCGAGAUGAUAUGGAUAUUUAG